CCCGCCUAUCAGGAAAUCACAGGUUUGUCUGUGGCUGUGCAAUGCGGAAUGAAAAUGUCCUUCCUAACAAGGAGUGACUAAGCUUAGCUAAUGUGCUGCUGGUGUUUAAGGACAUAGACACAGAGGGUCAGGGUGUAUCAGAUGAGUAUAAAAAACAAACAGAAACUCUGUCAAUAAACAUGUGCUGCUCUGCACUGCAGUUUGUGAUAAAACAGCUGCCCACGUGACCAUCAUAUCUGACUUAUAUGAUAAGCUUUGCAGUGUUUUUGGUCCUGCAUGAUGGAGAGUUGUCAUUUUAUUUAUGAAAAGCCUUGAAUGUUUAGUUUUGAUGUAGUUGUCAUAUCAUUCAUAAUGUGGUAUGCAUUCUGUUUCUGUAUUUUAUGUAUGACUGUCUCACAUUUGAUGCCUUAUUACAUCUGGUUAAGUGGAAACGUGGUUAUUGUGACCACAUCUUGGAAAAUGAUUUAUUGAAGUAUAUUUUUGCAUUGAAAUGUUUUAAUGACUAUGUAGUUUCUUUAUUUCAUUACUGACAGGUGUUUUAUUUGUUGUCCAUGUAUUAUUACAGUCUGUUUAUGUAAACAAAGCUCCUGAUGUUAACCAUAUGUAUCAUAUAAACUUUGUUCUCACCCCAAGGCAACAAAAAUGAAGAACGCUGUGAAGUGGAAUUCAAAACUGGGUUUUUGGAUGAGCUCUUACACGCGCUAGAUGAGUCCUGCUGAUCUCCAGUCAGUGUCAAAGCCAGAACUGAGUUCUUUGUCCAGCUCCAGCUGUUCCCAGAUCUGUUUGAAGGGUUUCUGAUGUGAACGCAUCUGUAGGAGAGAGGGGCGGAGCUGAGAUGUCAAUCAGAAGUGCAGAGGGCAUGUCCAUCAUGCAAGCCUUAGCCAUGACGGUGGCUGAGAUACCCGUAUUCCUGUAUUCCACCUUCGGACAGUCUAUAUUCUCUCAGUUAAAGUUGAGUCCGAGUCUGAAGAAGGUUCUGUUCGCCACGGCGCUGGGCAGUGUCGCAUUGGCUCUGACCGCACAUCAGUUAAAGAGGCGGGGCAGGAAGAGGAAACAGGUGGCCGGUAAAGAUGAGCCGAAACCUGUGGUCAUUCCUGAACAGCUUCUCCGAACCCACAGACCGGCCUCACUCAAGAGAGGUCCGGUUUCAGCGAGGCAGAUGAUGAGUCCCAGUACUCGCAGUAAUGAUACGCUCAGCGGCGUCUCAUCUAUCGCUCCCAGUAAACGCUCCAGCUCUUCACAUAGUAUCGCCUCGAUGCGAGGCCCUUCCUCUCCCAACCAAUCAGUAAAUGCCGUGGGAAUGCCGUGGGAGGCGGAGCCAGUAGCAGAGGAAAUGGGAAUUGGAGAAGAUGCUAACGCUGAGAACCUCUAUCUCAUGGGUAUGGAGUUGUUUGAGGAAGCUCUGCGUAAGUGGGAAAGGGCGCUAAACAUCAGACACACAACUCAUUCGGGCACUUCAUCCGCUAGCAGUCUCGUCCCAGAGGGAUCCGAACUCGUGGAGCACCAUUCGCCUGAACUUCGCAAUCAUCAGUUUGCGGUGAAGCUCGAGUCUUUACUCCACCGAGCGUAUCAUCUGCAGGAGGAUUUCGGCAGCACCAUCCCGCCUGACAGUCUGCUCGCUGACCUGGAGAGUGAAGGAACCCUGAUCCUGCCCACACUUGGAAGUUCUCACCCGAUUCAAGAUGAUGAUGCUACGACGGUCACGUCAGACGACUCGUUUUUCUCGGCAGCUGAGUUAUUUGAAGCACUUUCUCUGGAGGACACGGUUCACCUGUUAAAACCUGCAGCUCUGUAUGAAGAAGCUAUGAGUUUAGUUAAAGAUGGAGGCGUGGCCUGCAGAACAGUGAGGUCAGAACUUCUGGAGUGUUUUAGCGAUCAAGACUUUCUUGCCAAGCUGCACUGUGUACGACAGGCCUUCCAGGUGCUGCUGCUAGAUGAAACACACAGAAUAUUCUUCAUGGAGACAGGGAAGCAGAUGAUCUCAGGACUCAUGGUCAAAGCCAAUAAGAGUCCUAAGGCCUUUCUGGAGAGUUAUGAGGACAUGUUGCAGUACACGCAGAGAGAAGAGACGUGGCCCGUCACCAAAAUGGAGCUGGAAGGGAGAGGGGUGGUCUGUAUGAACUUUUUUGACAUUGUGCUGGACUUUAUCCUGAUGGAUGCGUUUGAAGAUCUAGAAAGUCCUCCAUCGUCUGUGGUUGCUGUAUUGAGGAACCGAUGGCUCUCGGACAGUUUUAAAGAGACGGCUCUGGCUACAGCCUGCUGGUCUGUGUUGAAAGCUAAGAGGAGGCUGCUAAUGGUUCCAGACGGUUUUAUUGCUCAUUUCUAUGCGAUCUCUGAACACGUCAGUCCAGUUUUGGCGUUUGGGUUUUUGGGCCCCAGACAACACCUGAGUGAGGUCUGCACUAUAUUCAAGCAACAGAUUGUUCAGUAUCUGAAGGACAUGUUUGAUCACGACAAGGUGCGUUUUACAUCCGUUUCAUCUCUGGCCGAAGAUAUCCUCAGUUUGUCUCACAGACGGGCGGACAUCCUGGUCGGUUACCUGGGCAUUGAAAAUCUACCCGAGAGCAAUGGAGCUCUGCUCAAGAGCCCUUGCCAGGACAACAGCGGGCAUCCAGACCUCAGCGAACAGCAGAUCUGAAGUUGUAGAUUCUGGAUCUCACUGAUCGAUAAGUCACCAAGUGUGCAGAACUUCAUUAACUUAAAGACAUCAAUUCUACAUCACAUUUAGAGAUAUAAACCACGACUGACUCAUCAGAGGCCUUCCUCGUAUUCACUUCUGUGAAUAAAUGCCAACGUAUUUACAGCGCUGCUAUUUAGAAACCUGAUGGAGACGCAUUCAAAACGAUGGCCAUUGUGUCGGGUCCUAAUGCUAUUUGGAUCCUUCCCUGAAUCCACUACAUCUCAACUUGAUGUUUGAAGGAGCGACGUUUUAGCCGAGCUUGCUAACAGCUUCAUCCCAAAUCUCACACACAACACAUCAACGGAUGCCUAGAUUUUGUGUAGGUUCAGGUUAUUGUGUGUCUUUGUGUUUUAUUAUAAUGGCCAAAUAAAGUCUUGCACUGAAUCCUGCGAAGCACUGAAUGCAACGAGGAAAGCUAGGAGAGAUGGAUUAUUUGUGUGUGUGCUGUAUAUGUAUCUGUCAACAUGGAUGAGGUUUGCAAUGAGUGAAUCUUACAAAACCAGUCAAGAACAUGUCCCAAAAUCACUUGAAGUAUAUUUUUAGAAAGAAAAUAAAGUCUGAUAAUAUGGGGGUAGAUUGUGUGUAGAGGAUGUAAAGGUUGUUUAAGAAGCUGUAGAUGCGACACAGACAGGAAGUGCAUCAUUCAGAAGGAAACAGGAUGUAGUGGUCCAAGUCAGACGGGUUGAUGAUGGCAACAAAUGUCCGCUGAGCAUUUGCGGUUUGUGCAGUUUGUAUGGGACGACACUUACUUGUGUUGCUGCUCUCACAGUGUUUAAUCCGAGAUAGAGAAACAUCAUGUCUGUAAGUGUGUGUAUAAUGUUUUGUCUCAGUUAUUCAGGCCUGCCAAUGGAGGUAAAGUUGACAAGAAACACACAGAUAGUUAGUUGUUGGGAUGAAAUGGAUCUUGCAUCGUGUGGCCAACAAAUCUUGAGUUAUGUAAAAGUAAUAUAUGAAAUAAAAACUUGUUUCUAAAGACUCUGAUUAAACAUCUGAUUAAAAUACUAUUUAGGGGAAAUGCUUUGAGACAGAAAAUAAUUUAAACCCACCAAAACACAUUGACAUUUAUGUACAAUCAACAUGUUUUGGUUCAUUUUCACGAACUGUAGGUUCAUUUUUGAAUUUAAUAUUUGUUUUAAAAACAAUCACCAGUGGGUACCUUUACAUUUUAAGGUAUGAAGGUCAUUGUUUUUUCCCAUAUCAUAAACAGUAUCAUAUCUGCGAUGACAGCAUUACGUGCAGCCUGUGCUAAAAUAUUUUAUGAAAUAAGGUUGUGAAUUUGUAUAAUUUUAAACUGUAUGAGCGAGCAUGAAAUGUACACAGCUGUCCUCAAUGUUAUUCAUCUUUGAAAAAACUUGACCGUGUUCCUGAUUUGUGUGUAAACGGGAUAUGAAAAGAUAAUUUUGAUUUGUCAUUGUGUUUCUUUCCCAAUUUGUACUGACUAUUUUAAGUCACCCAUGGCCUGUCUUGCACUUUUUUUGCUAGUAAAUUAAAUCCUGUUUUUAUUGAAAUAUAGUUAGCCUGUAAUGCAUUUGUGAACUUUUAUUUUUUUGCUAUAUGGACAGUUGUAUAAUUUAUAUAAAUAACAUCAAAGUCCAAUCAUCAAUGGUUUGGUUUUACUGGUUUAAAAAGUAAAAAAACAGAGGGACAAUAUAAUAUUAGUAAAAUAUAAUAAAAAAUGGAUACAGUCCGGGUCAUGAGAGAUUGACUAUGUUGUUGUUACUGAUAUUUAAUUUUCUUGUGUGUAAUUCACUGUUAAAUCUUUUCAAAGCUGUUAUUGUUAAUUGCCAAUCACGUCAUUAUUCUCCUCAUUAUUAUACAUUUUUGGUAUGUGUCAAAAUGUGUCAUGCAAUCAUAAUGGGUUAUAUGUCUAUGAAAACUGAAGGCUGACUUUAUUUUCAGUGUUGUAAUGUGAAUUGAAAUUGUAUGUAGAUUUGUGUACAUGCUUAUGUGUUUUAUGACACAAAUAUAUGAAUGACUUGCCUACUUA